AUGGACACCUCGGAGAAGGAACGAAUGCGCAUACGCAGGAAGAUGAUGCAAGCAAAGAUGACUGCUGCUGUGAGGAACCUUAAUCUCGGAAGAAACGAGAGCUACAUCCUCAACAGUGCCAUAGCUCUGGGCCACAAAAUUGACAGCAAAAUGCGUGCCCGCCUCUUGAAAGCCUGUAUGGCUAUGCAGCAGGCCCGCACCGAACAAUGUAAUGUAGCUGCUGUUACGGCCUGCUAUCGCAUCCAAACCUCGGCUAUUAUCUCUACUGGUCUUCCACUUUUCAUUGGGCCAUGGUGCUCCUCCUAUGUCACCAAGGGUACCGCGUGUCCAACUGGCGAAGCCCUAGAAAAUGCGAAAACGGAGUGUGGGAACAGUGGAUACAGUAUCGGUUUGAAAGAUGGAUUCGGGGCACAGUUCGCGGUGGCACAAUCAGGACUCCAACAAUUUGCUCAAAAUUUCCAAAUAGUAGUGGCAUAUAAAAAACUCAAGAGUGCGGCUGCGCAAAUAAGAGCUUUGCAGCACAACACGGAGGAUGCUAUUGAACAACUCGCAUACCUAACGUUGGAUGCCACUCGAGCAGUUUUCGCUAUCGCUCUUUUGUUUUCCACUUUGUUGAAAUUGUUGUUCAUUAGCCUUUUGCUUAAAACACAAAGUUACAUAUCAAAAUAUCUUAAGGACAUGGACUUUGACAACAUCUACGUUGGAGACGUAUAUGAAAAGAUAGAUGAAAGGCGGAAGAAUGAGUCACGAAUGUACCUACUACCACUGAAGUCUCAUGAGAGAAAAACUGUCUUUUGGCACAAAAUAGGUUACACAGGUCCUGAAUGGAUACGAGCAAUAAAGGCUGUAAUCAAGUCGGCUAUACUAGGAAUCGGUCUGACAAUGCUUUUUGCGGCGGAUAGUUACCUGCACAGUCUUAUGAUUGUUCUCGAUGUGGUUACACAAGGUGAUCUGAAGCUGGGUGGUAGCAGUGGACAAUCCGACACGUCGGCUGCUGCAAUGUUUCUCGCUGGCGAUGGUUUUGCUGCUGAGCUGAUAAAAGGUAUUCUAGACGGUUUCCUUAAUCUGAUGAACAUCGACCUCACCUACAAAUUGAGUGCCUGUGCUCCAAAAGUCAUUCUCUCUUCGCACGACUUACGAUUUCGGUUUGGUAUUUUAUGGUCAACACUGCUGCUACUCGGUAUAUUUUCGGGAUACUUGCUCCGAUUGCGUCACAUUGUUGCUGGUUUCUUUUACCCCAAUGCACAUCGGAGACGGCAAAUGCACUUGUAUAAUACAAUGUUGGCUAAUCGAGUAAGAGAUCUCAACACAAACAGAAACCUACUUGUUCAACGCGUCAAAGAAAAUCGCUUGCAGCACGAAGUCCGCCUGCUUUCCAAGCCACCCGUCCUUGCAGAGGUAGCUCCCAAACUAGCAAAAGUGCUAAAGCUAAGAAAGGGUACAUGUGUCAUUUGCCGUGAUACGCGAAAGCCGGGACCAGAGAUGUACAUUUGUCCCGUGGACGCCUGCGCCACUUGUCGUCAAUGCCAGCGCAGCAUCUCAAAUGAUCCCGAGUUUUGUGUCGCCUGCGUGGACCGCAACGAGGCUAGCAUCACCGAUACCCUUAAAAAAUUGGAGCAAAUGUACAAAAACAGACCACUUAAUUUGCAGAGAGAGGCCAUGUUGACCGACCAGCAGUGCAGGACUCUAAGUGCCUGCAUCACACUUGACUUUGCACCUCGGUGGUCUGCAGCUGUGGGCCUGAGGUUAGUUGUUUUGCGCGCACAGACCGUGCCGACGUUACAGUCUAUUCGACUUAUUCUCAUCUACUCUGUUGUGCUAGCACAGUUAAUGGUACGCACCCUGAAAAGAGGUAGUGUCUACACCAAUGGAUCAUUCAGUGCAAAAUCAUUCUUCGCAAAGAGUCUGGUAGCCGAGGAGGAUGAAUUGCAAGGAAAUGGAGACCGAAAGAAAGUUAUUUUGCGACUUGAGGAUGCUGAAAAAAAGUACGAUAAUAGGCUGUCAUUCAAGUCGAUAUUUGGAAAUGCGCCACUCUAUCAAAUCUAUGAUGAACACUUCAAGCGUAAGGAAAUUCGUCGUCUUCAUCAUCGACUUCGUGAGUCUAUUCGAUCGCUGCGCAGGAAGAGGGGUGACCAGCGCCCUUUGCGGCAGCCAAAAGCUAUCGUGUCGCCCCCCAAAUUCGGUCCAGAUGAUCAGUCCUCCUCCUCAUCCUCCAGCGGGGACGAGGAUGAGUUAAAGACACCGAGCUCGGCGAAGGCCUCCUCCUUCACCGUCAUCAAGCGCGACUUGUCGCGCAGGCGAUCCGACGUGGAACGCACCGCCAAGAUGGGUGAGAUGAACAGCGUGGCCAACGAGUUCUCCGGCACCGGACCUUCUCGGGUUCGCUGGUCUGAUAUGCUCGAGGUCGUCCGCCUCAAUCUGGCAGCUGGUCUCACUAAGGAGCAACGCAGUCUGCAGGAGGCUCGCUUCGAAAUAAUUACAUCGGAGGCUUCGUACUACAAGAGUUUAACGGUGCUCAUUGAUCUCUUUUACAAGGCACCUGUCUUCAAUCCAAUCGCUGCCAACGCUGUUAUCACGGAAUUCGAUAAGCAUCAGCUAUUCUCAAACAUCCUAAAUAUUCAUGUUACAAGUGAAAAUCUUCUUCAUUCAUUAGAAACUAGUUUUCGUAAAGACCCGAUGAUGGGUAACAUUUGUGAUAUUCUCUACGAACACUCCGAGACAAAGUUAUCUUACUAUGUCACUUACGUAAAAAAUCAAAUGUAUCAAACCCGGACGCUAAGUAAGCUCAUGAAUCGUCCAUCAUUUAAAGAGGCUGUUCAAAACAUCCAGAGUAUGCCGCAAUGCAGCGGCCUGGACCUGAAUUCCUUCCUAGUGCUCCCGAUGCAGCGGGUGAUGCGGCUGCGCCUCCUCGUGGCUGCGGUCAUCCACUACACCCCGCGCUCCUUGUCCGCCUACGAGAGCGGCCUCGUGGCUCUCGCCUCGCUUGAAAAGCUAAUUGCAGAAUGCAACUCACAAAAGGGUCACAUGGAGCAGAAGGAGCGUCUCGUCACCUUGUCGAGCCAAUUGGAGUUUAAGAGCAAUCUCAGAGCCGUUGGUACAGGCAGUCGAGAGCUGGUUAAAGAAGGGAAUUUGCGGCUACUGGAAUCAUCCAACUUGCCGAAUGCGGCCUUUAGACGGAAAUUUUCUGAGACUAUUAAAAACAAGCCUAUUCAAAUCACACUCUUCUUAUUCACCGAUAUUCUCCUGGUCGCGAAGAGGAAAGGAGAAAAGUACCUCGUUGAGGAUAUCAGUCCGGUGGAUGAUCUUCGGGUGACGAUUGAGGCGCUGCCGGAGGAUGAUAUGAUCAAGCGGACGGAGCUGAAAACGAAGAUUAACCCUGACGAUCCCUUCCACAUCGUUCCUAACAUCCGGCCUGACCGCUCCAUCUCGGUACGCCAGUCAGGCGAGUUGAUGAUAACGCGGCAAGGGAGCCACUUCCGCGAGCGUUCCCGUUCCCGUGGCGGCUCUUCUCGCCACCGCACUGGCGCUGGUGCAACUGGCGUUACCAGUAGUUCUUCCAUUGGUAGCGUUGGCGGGUUCUCUGAAGGCGGCGUCAGCUACAUCGGUUACCCCUUUAUCCUAACCUUCCAAUCCACCGACUUCACCAUUGUCGACUAUCACUUCUUGUGCGAUACUCUGUCCCAACGCGAGAGAUGGGUGGAUGCACUUCAGCCAGACUACUACAGUGUUCCAUCUGAAAUAAGCUAUGAUACUUGGGAUUGCCCGCAAGUCAUUGCAAUUGUCAGUUACGGGGCGACAGAACGAGAUGAACUUGAUCUCAAGGAAGGUGACCUAAUGAACGUCAUCGUGGAAUUAUCAGACGGCUGGUUGAAGGGCGUGCUCCCCGAUGGUCGGGCGGGCUGGGUGCCGAAGAGCGUCUGCCAGCACGUCGAGGAUCCACAGGCGCGUCGGCAGAACAUGAAGAACUUCUUACUCUCCGAGGAGGCUCAGCGCGCCUAUCAGAAGCGUAAACAACAGGAAAAGCGGGUUGAUAUGUUUGUCCGAGUGCACGAUUUACGCGGCACAUCGCAUGAUAUCAGGCAAUUCGUCUAUUCCAGUUGCCUUGGUUGCAGUGAAAAUGGUGCUGGUAUUAUUUACAAUGGGAACGAUUCAAAUGAAUCAUCACAAAUUGCAGGUUAUCGUAUUGCCGCCUAA